AUAUUUUCUGCAUUAUUAUACUUCUUUUUUCUUUUCAUGGACGUCCAAAGUCUCCUCCACCCGCUCUUAACUACCUCCUCCACCGCCACAACCGCCACCUCCGAAGACGACGAUGCUCAGAAGAUCAUCACUAAAUAUUUCUCGUCAACUUCAGCUUUCAUUCUCCGAAUACUUCUGAUUACUUCCAUAGCCUUAAUCUCUGUAUGGGCAAGCCUUGAAGCAUCAAAAGGCUUCGAAAUCGCCAUAGUCAACGACCCUACACUCUCUCCAGCCGCUCAAAGCUUCCAUCUUUUUUAUGUAUCAAACGACAAGGUAACCAGAAUUCUACUCAACGCCAGCUCCUUCGUUGAGAACAUUCUCUACAACGUUUCUCCAUAUGAUCCCAACCAAACCAAGAAGCAAGUCCGCCGUGUCACCCUCAGUCUAGCUCCCAACACCACCUACAUGGCCCAAAAGGUUACGGUUCACGCAACCAAAAGCGACGACUUUUUAAUCAGUCUGAGCCCGUCGGUAAUGGCAGAAGCUGACGUUCAAUACGCCGUCGUAUCAGCGCUGAUACGAGCCGUGGCUCGGAUAUGGGUAUGGGACGGCGAGUCCAGAGCUCCGCCGAGGCUGGUCAAUGGCAUGGUGGAGUACAUAGCCAGUGCGGCUGGUUUUGGUAAUCAUGGCCGUGAGUUGCCGGGUUUGGGUGGUGGGUGUUGGGAUGAUAAGGACCCCAGGUCUGUGGCGGAGUUUCUGGACUACUGCGAGAGGAAGAAGAGAGGGUUCAUCCAACGGUUGAAUCAAGAGAUGAGAAGAGAGUGGGAUGAUCGGACGGUGGAUAUUGCUUUGAGAACGAGAGCACAUCGUAUGUGUGAUGCAUAUAAGAAAUCAUACGGAAUGACAAGAUGAUGAGAUGAUGCAUGGAUCAUGGGUACGUACAUGAUGAUAUAAUUAUUUUAUGGUCAUGAUACGGCCAUGUUUUUGUGGGACACUGAUCGCCACAUGCUAUAUCUGAUUUCUGUGGUGGU